GUCACCGGAAGUGGUCUAGUCGGGCGCAUGCGCAGUGUGGAAGGCAGCGCUAGCGGCGCAGAGCAUCAUAAGCGCGAGGAGUUUCUGCAGCUUUAUUUAUUCAAGACUGUUAAUUUGUGUGUUUGUGAAUCUACAUAAUGGCGGGAAUUAAAGCUCUCAUCAGCCUGUCGUUCGGAGGAGCGAUCGGCCUCAUGUUCCUCAUGCUGGGCUGCGCUCUGCCCGUCUACAAUGCGUACUGGCCUCUGUUCCUGCUCUUCUUCUACAUCCUCUCCCCGAUCCCGUACUGCAUCUCCCGGCGUGUGGUGGACGACUCCGACUCGGCUAGUAAUGCCUGUAAAGAGCUGGCCAUCUUCCUGACCACGGGGAUCGUCGUGUCGGCCUUCGGGCUGCCCGUCAUCUUCGCCCGCGCCGCUGUGAUCGAGUGGGGCGCGUGUGCGCUCGUCCUGACGGGGAACAUCGUGAUCUUCGCCACCAUCCUGGGCUUCUUCCUGGUGUUCGGGUCGAACGACGACUUCAGCUGGCAGCAGUGGUGAAGCUCAUCCCUCAUCUCUGUUAUCUGUUACUGACAUUACUCUCGUAUUUAUAAUGCCGCCCAUUCAUAGAUGCAGGAAAUCAGUGCAAUAAUUUUGUUAAUUUUAGAUCCUUCUGACAUUCUGAAUUGUUGGGUUUCAUGCACGACUGAAUUCAGGUGGUCGAACAAACACUGGUGACAUCAGAUUGUUUCGUCCGAGCGUUUUCUCUGCGGCUUGACGUUGUUCAAGCGGAAACCUUCAGCUUUACGACUCUGGUGUCUGUUACCAGCUUUCUUUUUAUUCACAACUUAUUUAUUUGUUCCUGUGUCGCUCUUGUUUUCUCUUUGAUAGCGCAUUAAACAUGAGAUUGUAGAACGAAGCUCGUCAUGUUCGUGUUGAUUCGAAUGAUUAUGUUAGUUUGUGUUUGUUUUUUGCGCUUGGCAUCGUGAGAUUUCCCAGACAUGUUUCUUUGGAAAAAGCAACAGAAAGCAACUGUUUAUCAGCAAACUAUGAAACUGAAUCAUGUUUGAUUUAAAAGCAUGUAGACUAGCUCAUAUUCAUCAUUUAAGGGUGUAUAUUAAAAAAGAAAGACGAGAUCAUGCAUCUCUCCGAAACUAAUGAAGAAGCAGUUGGUUUGUGUUUCCAGAUUUCUGAGCAAGUGUUUAAAGUCAACAUGGACUCAAGUGACACAUUUCUGCUCUUAUUGGCAAUGAUUCAUCCGUGCACAUUAUAAAAAAUA